AUGAGCCAUGAAGCUGACGCCUUUAGGGAACAUAAAUACGUGGCAUUGAACGUUUUUAGACGGGGAGUGGGCCAGGAUGAGAUAGAGCUAUGCGCGCAUCUCGCUAAGGCCAACCCUUCGCAUCCAGGCUACCGACAUGUCCGGACUGCUCUGGACACAUUCAAGCUUGAACGUGACGAAGGGCAACACUACUGUCUUGUGCAGAAGCCAAUGUGGGAUAGCUGGAAAGACAUGCUCCUACGGAACCCCGCACAUCGAUUUACGGAGGACCUCUUGAAAGCAGACCUCAAGGACGACAACAUCUUGCAAGAACUGGUCGAUCGGUCAGUACUAGCAGCUUUUACGAAAGAUGAACUUGAGACCCCGUCGCCCAGGAAGAUUGUGGAUGAUACUACUAUCUAUGUCUCAAGGCGGUUCGAUUUGCCUGACGACUUUGGCGAUGUCGUUCUCAGUGACUUUGGGGCUGCCGUUCGAGGGGAUGUGAAGAGAAACCACGACGCGCAACCGAAUGUGUACAGGUCACCCGAGGUUAUGUUGAUGACCGAGUGGAGCUAUCCCGUGGAUAUAUGGAACGUGGGCGUCAUGAUUUGGGACCUUUUUGAGGGCAGACACCUAUUCUACGGGGACGACCCCAAGAAGAACAAAUACACCACCCGAGCCCAUCUCGCCGAGUUAGUUGGCAUGCUAGGGCCUCCGCCUCUCGAUCUUCUUCACAGGGGGAGGCGGAGCAUGGAGUUCUUUACUGAAGAUGGAGAAUGGAAGGGCGAUGUCGACGUGCCUUCUGACGCGAGCUUGGAGAAUUCGGUAACGCGCUUCGAAGGCGAGAAGAAGGAGAAAUUUCUAACAUUCCGCCUGCAGCACCUCGACCAAGCUUGGACUCUUCACCUCGCCAUCCGAGACUCCAACCUUUCAACGACAACAACCACUCCUACUAACCACAGCAGCAAGACGGCCCGAGGUCAAGCGUCCCCAUCGAUUCUGCCCGAGAUGGAUCCCCAUUCACCUCCAAAGCGAAUGACCCGCUCCCGAGCGGCUGCCAACGCUGUAGAGACGACGACAAGAACCACCAAAAUCGUCACAGCGGCGGCCAAGGCGAAGGCCGCUGCCAGCACCGCCGGCAGCUCGACCACUACUACAACCAGAACUACAUCGGCCAAGAGGAAAACGCGAGCUGAUGACAAUGAUCACGAGGACGAAAUUGAGGCUACUGCGGCCCCUGCCAAGACAGCUCGGCCUCGAGGCCGACCUAGGAAGGUCGAGGAGCCCGCAGUUGAAGUGAAAGCUCCUGCUUCCAACACUGCUGCGAGAGCUACCAGGACGCGGGCAAAGAAGGCGGUCGAGCCCGAGCCUGCGGUGGAAGAGCCCUCAAAACCCAGAAGAGGCCGUCCCAGAAAAGUCACAACACAACAAAAUGAGGAACCCAAGCCCGAGCCGGUCAAGACGACCACGCGCUCUCGAGCCCUGUCGACGACAACCACGACGACGACCAAGGCCACAGUCAAGAAGACUGUUACAUUCCAGGAACCGGAGAAGGAAAAUAUCGACCCGGUCACUUCUGCGAAAUCUAAGCAAGCAGACCCUAAGCCCGCUACCGGACUUCGAGGUCGUCCAGUGAGAAGAGCUGCGGCUACGGCGGCUACUGCUUCUACCGCUGCCAGGUCUGCAGCUACCACGACGGCUACGAGGACUACUCGUGCCACCAGAACUACCGCUCGAGCCGCUGCAAAGUCGAGCGAGAAGCUCCCGUUAAGCCCUAAGAAGAUUACGCAGCUUUCCGCUCCUCGAGAUUAUCCGUCCGAGGAUGAGCUUGCGGCGCCGGAGAAGACACCCCUUCGCAAGAGCCCCAUCAAGCCUCCGGCGUCAAGCACCCUCGUCAAGGGUAAGAAGGUCGAGAUCGCGGCUUGUGCGGAGAAGCAAGCAUUGGCGAUCAGCAAUGCUGUACCCGAGGAGACAGAACUUACUAUGGCUCUAGUUAGCCCUGCCAAACGACCUCCCCCUUCGCCUUAUAAGGACACAAUGAAGUCUCCUGCCAAGCGUUCCGAUGUCGUGCAGCUUCUGUCGACAUCGACAGCCAAGGCCGGCGGCAAAUCUACCACGGGAUCUGGUACCCCGUUUAAGGCCUCUCUCCUGCAGUCCCCAGCCAAGCGACCUCCUCCAUCCGCACUCAAAGCUGUAGUGCCCUCUUCCCUGUCGAAGCCUGAGCCAUCGACUGCAGCUACCCCUUCUUUCAGGACUUCCCUUAUGCAGUCACCUGCCAAGCGACCCAUGUCGGCUAUCAAGCUCUCCUUGGUGAGCCAGGAUAUGGCUCAGACCCCUGCUACCAAGCCCACGAUUCUGUCGACACCGGCUCCUGCGUCCCACGCUAAGCCAUCAGAGCUGCUUAUGGAUGACGAUGAGGCUGAUAUCGACCCGCAACCGGUCCAGCGCAACCUCUUCGCUCAGCCUCUUCCUAGUCUCAAGUUCCCUGGGCGUCUGUCGGCUGUACUGCCUCGAGACGCCAACCCUGCUCUUGAUCUAGAAAUGACUACUGUCGACGAGGUGACGGAGGAUGAGAUUUCACUCAUUAUGAGCCCUCCGGCAAAGGAGCAUGUCAAAGUCGAUGAGGCUAAUUCUGUCCAAGAGGCGGAAGAGGAGUCUGAUAGCACCAUUGAGCUUGAUGACCACGAGAUGACGGACGUCUUUGAGGCCGUCGAAGAACCUCAAGUCGAGGAGCUGGUUCCGGCUGAGCCCCUAGAGCAGCAGCCUUUGAGCCCCACUGGCACAACCACCCCUCCUAACUCACCUCCGAAAAAUCUUCUUGGGUUUGGUCUUCGCCAGAAGGAUCUCAACCCCUUCCAGGGCCUCGAUGAUGAGUCGGAGGAUGAGCUCACUUCCAGCAUCCAGCGCAAACCUUACCGCUCCUCGCGAAGCCCCGUCCGUUCCAUCAAUACUCCUUCGGCCGGCUCUCGAGGCAAGUCUAUUGCGCCUUCAGCGUCCGGUGUCGGCUAUACGCCUCUCGUAGCCAAGUUUGGUGCAUGGUCUGCUACUAGCCCUGUGAAGAGGGCCUCCUCCUCUAACAGCAAGCGUGUCUCUGAGGAACCCACGGCCAAGCCAACCUUCUUUGAGGACGAAAUGUCUGUAAGGAACACGGAGGAUGUUGAGGACUUUGAGGCUGCCAUCGAGGCCGCUAUCGAUGCGGAUAUCGCAGCGCUGAUAGAUCCGGUGUUUGAAGAUGUCCCUAUCACUGAUGAGGACAUGGCACUCGUUGCCGAGGCCCAGGAGAUGUCCCUGAUGGCGCCCGAGGAAGUGGACGAGGUGCUUGCCAACCAGGACGGUGAAGAUGAAGACUCUCUAUCCGAGGCCAGCCAGGAUUACGGUGACGAGAACCAGGUCCCCGUUGAUCCUGCGAUCAUUGAGUCCCACAGGCAAGCGAGUCCCGCAGUUCCUCCCCAGACCCCAGCUCGGGUACCAAUUGCCAGGGAGUUCCACACCGUGUCCAAGGUGCCCCUGAAGCCCGCGGACGAUUCUACCCCCAGCCCUCUUAAGAAGAGGCGCCAUAGCGUUUCUCGUCUGCCAGUUUCCCGACCUAGCGGCGUCAAACGAAGUGCCACUGUCAUCUCCUACACCCCCACCAAGAAGGAUCGGGAUCGGUCUGCCCCCAACACUCCUUCUGGAGACUCGGACCUCUGGUCGACUCUAGGCACGCCACCUCGCAGCCCCCACAAGCACCUCGACCCGGCCCUGCUUAGGGGUGCAGUGGUCUAUGUUGAUGUGCACACCAGCGAGGGAGCCGAUGCCAGCAGCAUCUUUGUCGAUCUGCUCACCCAGAUGGGGGCUCGCUGUGUGAAGACUUGGAAUUGGAACUCCCAGGAGACUUCGCGGAUUGGAAUCACCCACGUCGUGUACAAGGACGGCAGCAAGAGGACCCUUGAGAGGGUUCGCGAGAGCAAUGGCGUCGUGCAGUGCGUGGGUGUCACCUGGGUUCUUGAUUGCGAAAGGGAUAAUGUCUGGCUCGACGAAGCGCCAUAUAGCAUCGACACGAGCCUCGUCCCCCGCGGCGGCGCUCGUCGCAGAAAAUCCAUGGAGCCCAAAGCCCUCGCAAACCUCAACGGCACCCUCAUUAAAAGCCCCAUCAAGCAAAGCCGCGACACCAAGACGGCGCCCAGCACACCUCUCCCCAACCGCCGCGACAGCACCGUCUGGAUGCGCACCCCUCCCGAGCAACUCGCGGCACCCCUCGACGGAGAACAGGAUGCCGAGGGCGACGAUGACGACGACUGGCGACACCUCGCCAUGCUGACACCCGUUCCUAAGACUCCUGCACCCGACGCCAUUGCGCGCUACGUGGAGAAUAUCACGCCGGAUACGCCCACCGAGGCUGGCGGGUCUCCUGCCGAUCAGGACUUGUUGACGAGGACGUGCCCGCCGAAGAAGUUGUCGGCUGAUGCCUUCAAGGAGUUGGGUCGGGACAUGUUUAGUCCUGAGAAGGAUCCGCAGGUGAUGAUGAGGCUAAUGGCGGCGAGGAGGAAGAGUUUGCAGUUUGCGCCUAAGGUGGGGAGUCCGCUCUCCAAGGCUUGGAACUGA